ACUUCCGUUCGCGUUUAGUAGGUCUUUCACGAAUCGAUUUCUGGUUUUUAAUUUAUUUCCACAUUUUAGAUAAGAAGCCGGCCAUUUUUCGUUACCGUACUUCACAACGACCCCCUCCCCCCGGACACCCUUCAAAGGAGCGGAAGAAUAAGGAAAUAAGAACGGACGAGAUAAGGAUGUCAGACGAACAAUGUCAGCCGGUGGUAGGCAUCAUCGGGAUGGGUGAUAUGGGACGGAUGUAUGCAAAGCGAUUACAUGCGGGCGGCAUCGAGACUAUCUACGUCUGCGACAAACCCGACUCUUUCGAGGCCCUCGAGGAAGAAUUCAAAGGGACCGGCAUACAUGUCCUCCGCAACGGUCACGCCGUCUCGCGUCUUUCCACAUUCAUCAUUUAUUCUGUCGAAGCUGCUGCGUUGCCGGCUGUCGUGAGAGAGUACGGACCUUCGACUCGGGUGGGCGCGGUUGUAGCUGGGCAGACGAGUGUGAAAGCCCCGGAGAGGGAGGCAUUUGAGAGAUGGUUACCGGAGGAUGUGGGGAUUACGAGUGUACAUAGUUUGCAUGGGCCGAGUGUGACGACAGAGGGCCAGCCGCUUAUUAUCAUACAUCACAGAGGUCCGGAAGAGAAUGUGAAGAUGGUUGAAGAUGUUUUUAGGUCAUUCAAGAGUCGAUACGUUCAUCUGAGCUACGAAGAGCAUGAUAAAGUGACUGCCAACACCCAGGCUGUGACGCAUGCGGCUUUCCUCAGUAUGGGUACAGCAUGGCAGAAAUCUUCAUCUUACCCAUGGGAAACUACGCGCUACGUGUCCGGUAUCGAAGUGAUCAAGGUCAACAUUACCCUCCGUAUCUACUCUGCCAAAUGGCACGUCUACGCCGGUCUUGCGCUGCUGAACCCGUCGGCCAAAUCCCAGAUCCAGCAGUACGCCACAUCCGCCACCGAGUUGUUCAAGCUCAUGGUGGAAGGCCGGGGCGAGGAGUUGGAAGACCGUGUAUGGUGCGCGAGGAAGGAGGUGUUUGGGUGGAGAAGAGGGGAAGAAGCGGGGGAGGGUGAUGAGGCCCGUGCGCCGAUAUUACUGAGUGAAGAUGUGCUUGAUCAGUUUUCGUUGGGGAAGACGACGUCGGGGGCGCAGCCGAGGGAGAGCCCGAAUAGCCAUUUGAGUCUUUUGGCAAUGGUGGAUUGUUGGGCAAAGCUGGGGAUACGGCCGUAUGAGCAUUUGGAUGUAGCUGGUACGCCGGUGUUUAUGCUCUGGAUUGGUGUCGCCGAGUACCUUUUCCGCUCGCCUGCUCUCCUUUCUGCCGCCCUCCGCGCCGCGCUCGCCGACCGCGUCCACCGUCCUGACGACGUCGAGUUUGUCGUCGCUGCGAGGGGAUGGAGUGAAUGUGUAGACGUAGGCAACUUUGAUUGGUACAGACGGAGAUUUGAGGAGACGUCUAAUUUCUUCGCGCCGAGGUUUGACGAGGCGACCAAGUUGGGUGGGAAGAUGAUCAAGGCUAUCCAGGAUGGGAUGAAGGGGAGGUGAAGAGGUGGAUGGGAAUGUAAUGAAUGGAUUUAUUGGGUCAUAAUGUGGAUGUUUUGGGGUACAUCUUAUUCAUAAUUCAUCUUUUUUUCAUAUAUUCAACUUUGAAAUGCAAGAAAGAUGAGA